CCACCCCUUUUGAAGGGAGGCAAUUUGGGCGCGAGUGGGCGGUGGCGGGAGUCGUCGCAAGCGGAGGGGCCGCGCACGCCAAGACUUGGUGCUGGAGUCCAUUUUUGUGAGUUCAGCAUGGGUGAUAAACCAAUAUGGGAGCAAAUUGGAUCAAGCUUUGUUCAGCAUUACUAUCAAACCUUUGACAAUAACAGGGUCCAUUUAGGAGCAAUAUAUAUUGACGCUUCAUGCCUUACAUGGGAAGGACAACAAUUUCAUGGCAAAGAUGCUAUUGUUGAGAAAAUCACAUUGCUUCCCUUUCAGAAAAUUCAACAUAGUAUCACCUCGCAAGACCAUCAGCCCACACCAGAUGGAUGCAUAAUAAGUAUGGUGGUGGGUCAACUUAAGGCAGAUGAUGACCAAGUUAUGGGAUUUCAUCAAGUAUUUCUACUAAAGAACAUAAGCGAUGCCUGGGUCUGCACAAAUGAUAUGUUCCGGCUAGCACUACAUAACUUUGGAUGAACUAAAACUGAAAAAAACAAACUGUUCCUUUUACGCUUCUAAUUUUUGUCUGGAAAAAAAGACACUUUCAUAGCCACAGAACAUUACAAAUUUCAUACACUGUUUAUAUAAUAUGAAGAAGCCAUUAUUGCACUUGGGUGAAUUAUAAGCCUGCUGCUGCAUAAGUGUAUUGGCAGUUUGGAAUUUGUCUAACAUUGGAAAUUUGAGAUGUGUAUGAUUUUUGGAAAUGUUUUGAAUUUGAUGCCAUGUAUUAAGCAUGCCUUUGGGCAAAACGUAAAGGAUUGCUUUUUUUUAUGUAAAACAAUUACUCUAGUAAUCCAAAGAAAUGGGCAAUAAAUGAGAGAGGAAAAAAAGUAUAUGGUUUUAUGGCUUCUGUGGUUUGAGAUUUCCCCAUCUACAGUAUAUUUUUUUUAAUUGUAUUUUUAUAUUCUUAUAUCACAGCAUGAGUAAUGCAUGUCAUAAUACACGAUAAGUGCAAAUAGAAAAUGAAAUGAUUACAAGCAA